AUGGAAGGAUAUUCAGGGAAAGGUGUGGUCUGUGUAACUGGUGGAACAGGAUUCAUUGCUUCAUGGUUGGUUAUGAGGCUUCUUGAACGAGGUUACACUGUUCGAACAACAGUUAGAUCCAACCCUGCAGAAGGUAACAAGGACAUCAGCUACCUCAAAGACCUACCAGGAGCAAAAGAGAGGCUCCAAAUUUUUAACGCAGAGCUUGACAAACCAGAGAGUUUCACUGAUGCCAUUCAAGGAUGCACCGGAGUCUUUCAUGUCGCUCAUCCAACUGAUCUUGCAAACAAAGAACCAGAAGAAAUAGUCGUCAAAAGAGCCAUUGAAGGAACCAUAGGUAUUUUGAAGGCAUGCCUAAAUUCAAAGACAGUGAAGAAAGUUGUUUACACUUCAGGUGCAUCGACAGUUUUGUUCAGUGGGAAUGGCCAAGAAGUGGUGGAUGAGAGUUCAUGGACAGACGUAGAUUACUUCAGAAGUCUAAAUGUCAUGGGCAGUUCUUCUUUGGUUGCCAAGACAUAUACCGAAAGGGCAGCACUGGAAUUUGCUGAACAAAAUGGAUUGGAUCUAGUGACUUUGAUUCCUUCUCUCGUGAUGGGUCCAUUCAUUUGUCCUAGAAUCCCACGCUCAGUAUAUUUGGGACUAGCCAUGAUAUGGGGCAAUAGGGAUCACUAUCGAUUCCUUAUGAAGUCGAAUAUGGUACACAUAGACGAUGUCGCUAUGGCACACAUUUUUUUGCUUGAAUAUGCAAAUGCAAGAGGGAGGUAUCUUUGUUCAUCAGACGAAGUAUUAAUCAAUGACAUGUCCGAAUUUCUUUCUGCUAGAUAUCCGGAUCUUCAAAUUCCAACAAAAGAGUGA